UGACGAUACCGACGCAGCAAAGUAACAUACGUCAAAAAAUACCACUGUACAUACUAACCGGAGAACUUGUUUAAUCGAUAAAACUGUUAAGAGAGAUUAUUUAUCAUGUUAACCGUUGUGACGAGAUCUUACAUAAUUCCAAGGUUGUCUUGCAAUCUAUUCCUUCCUAGAAUUUCAAUCAAAAAACGAACUAUUCUACAACUGAAUUGGCCCAUCAGCUAUAUUGCAGGUUAUGUUAAUCACAAUUCAAUAAGAUUAUGUUUUUCAAAGAGAAAUUCACGAACGUUACUGCAAUCAUCUAUAAAAAAUUUCAGUACAACUACUGAGCAUUCGACAGAAAACGAACUUAGCUCUGUGCAAUACGAGAAAGUCUGUGAUGAAACUUUGGACUCAUUAACUGAGUAUUUUGAGGAAUUGGUUGAAGCAGCGGUGCAUUUGCCAGAUGCUGAUGUAUCUUACGGAGAUGGAGUUUUAACUGUGAAAUUUGGCGAGCCAUACGGUACUUAUGUUAUAAACCGCCAAACACCGAACAAGCAAAUUUGGCUCUCCUCUCCAAAAUCUGGACCCAAACGUUAUGAUUUUGUAAAUAGUCAAUGGAUAUACAAACACGAUGGCAAAACCUUACAUGAAUUACUUAAUAAUGAAAUACCAACAAUUGUAAAAUUUGAAGCAUGCUUUGACAAAUGUUCCUUUAGUGGUAGAGAGAAACAAGUUGUGAUGGAUAGUUCUAAAAAAUAUUAAUAGAAGUUAAUUACACAAUUGUGCGAAUUUAUAUAUAUAA